GAGUCAGGUUAUUUUUUCUGGAUGUAGGAUUUUGCAGAAUGAAAAUUAAAACGUUUUUUUGCGCAAUGUGGAAUACGUGCAGUAAGCUGAAAAGCAAUAGCACUGCAAUCAAAGAAACUUUAUAUGAAAUGGAUUGGUCUUCGCUGAGGAAAGACACAAAAUUUAAUAUCAUCACGAUGAUGAUAUACACAUCAAAACCAAUUGUUAUAUCAUCAGGUUUUGUAAUCAAAAUCAACAUUUCAACUUUUAUUUCUAUAAUAAAUGCAUCAUAUUCAGCUUUCAACGUACUUCAGCAAAUGGUCAAAAAAUAA